GACCGGAAAUUACAACCCGGAAAUGCGCGGAAGGAAAACCACGUGAAUGAACAACGGAAGAGACUACAACAACAUAACGAGCAGCAGCAGCAGCAGCGUUUUGUAUUAUUAUCAUCGGCGGUACCGUAAAGUAGACCGGUUAUCAUUCAGACAUAACAGGACUUUAUUAGCUGGAUAGUUAUCCAUAUCGAUGUGCACCUAGCUGGUCUGCCAGUGGCCUUGUGUUUACUGCACACAGAGAGAGGAGAAACAAACGGAACAGAUUUUUGUGAAGUAUUUAGGAAUGGUCUAACUCCACCAGACACCAUGUUGAGUCGUCUACAGGAGCUGAAGAAGGAAGAGGAGACUCUCCUAAAGAUUAAAGUUAUGCUGCAGGACCAGCUCAACAGACUCAAGUUUGAAGAAGGGGCCCUAAAGUCCAUCAUCAACGCUCAGACAGACGAAGGUCCUUCACAACCUGCCAGUCCUCCUGAGGUUCCUCUGAACCUGGAUGACGAAGCAGUGAUCAACCAGACCAAACUGCUGCUGAGUGGUCCUGUAGACUACCACAUAGAGGAGGAAGAGGAGGAGGAAGAGGAGGAGGAAGAGGAGGACGACGACAACAAUGAGCUUGAAGCAGUGCCUGAGGAAGACGAGGAGGAGGACGACGAUUAUUACUGAGUGGUCCUGUAGACUACCACGUAGAGGAGGAAGAGGAGGAGGAGGAAGAGGAUGAUGAGGAGGAGGAUCACGACAACAACAAAUGAGCUAGAAGCAGUGCCUGAGGAAGAGGAGGAGGAAGAGGAGGAGGAGGAGGAAGAGGAGGACGACGACAACAAUGAGCUAGAAGCAGUGCCUGAGGAAGACGAGGAGGAGGACGACGAUUUAUUACUGAGUGGACCCGUUCCCAAAUGGCCCCUUAUUCCCAAUGUAGUGCACUAGGUUUGAGCAGGGAAUAGUACCUUGCCAAAUGUAGUGCACUACAUAGGGAAUAGAAUGUGAUUUGGGAUGUAGCCAGUGUUUUAACCUCCAGUACUUAAAUGCCACUGAAGAGGAGAUGUGUAUAUAAUAUUACAGACGUUUUUGUUUUGUUUUGCAUCCUGUACUUCUGAAGUUAUUUAUUAGAGAGUGUUAAACUAGAAGAUGUACAGUUGUAAAUAAAAUGUAGCCUGGGUGCAAA